CCUGCAGGAUGACAGUUCAGGUGAGGAACAGGGGAUAUUUUCACUUUUAUUCAUCUUGAAAGCAAAGUAAAAAACUCCUGUACCAAAACUUCAAAAACUAAACUCAAACGUGCUUAAAUGAAUACCAUUUUUUCAUUGAACCUGCAUCUCCGUAAAUCUUUGCCAUAUUUGCAAAGCCUACGCUCUCAUGUCCCCACUUCACCUCAGAGCCACUUCCUCUGUAACAUGAUAGUCGACCGUAAUACGUGUAAUAAAGUGAGGGAAGUUCAGGGGGAAUUUCUGCAGACUUCUGGCUGCGUGUGUGAGGUGCCACAUCGAAAAGGAAUAUACACGUCGGGAAAUGAGCAUCAUGCUGCUGAUCCUGCUGCAGUUGUUGGUCCUUGUGUCGUGUGCUCCACGGUGUGACCCAGGAUUUCGAGGUCAGUGCAAGCCAACAGUGGAAGAAAAACCCAAAUGCACAGAUGUGAUGCUGUCGUACUGCGAUGACAUGCCUUACACUCAGAACAUGUUCCCAAACAUCCUCAACCACAAGACCCGUGAGGACGCCGAGGGCAGUGCAGAGUACCUCCUCCUGAGCGUGGUGGAGGCGCUGCUCGGGGGGGAGUGUAACCCUGACGUCCGCAUGCUGGGCUGCUCCGUGAUGGCCCCUCGCUGCGAGACGGAGAAGGUGCUGAAGCCCUGCCGCACCACCUGUGAGGCGGUGCGUAAAAGAUGCAGCCACGUUUUUGACGGGAUAGAGAUGGCGUGGCCCUACUUCCUGGACUGCGAUCGCUUCUUCGUCAGUGAUGAAGAGGGAUGUUACGACCCGCUGGAGGGCCUCAGAGCAGAGCAGAAUGAAGAGGAAGUCGACGGCAUGGAGACUCCUCCCGAGUAUCGUGACGACAUGAUAAAGUUCAACCAUCACACCAACGCUCAGAUGAUCAGUAUCUUGAAGAAAACGGAGGAGAAGUGCGAGGACAUAGCGAGGACGUACAGCAUCGGCAGCAGCACCGAGGGCACGGAGCUGCUCGUCAUCGAGUUCUCCAGAAACCCCGGAGAACAUGAACUGCUGGAGCCAGAGAUGAAGUACGUGGGCAACAUGCACGGGAACGAGGUCCUGGGCCGCGAGCUGCUGAUCCUCCUGGCUCAGCACAUGUGCUCCGAGUAUCUGCUGGGCAACGAGCGCAUCCAGACCAUCAUCAACACCACCCGCAUCCACAUCCUGCCCUGCAUGAACCCCGACGGGCACGAUCUGGCUGUGUCUGGGCUGCAGGACAAUAACUACAGCGAGGACGACGAGGAGGGUCCCAGAUAUGACUUUUCCAACGUUGGCCGGAACAACGCUCAGAACAUCGACCUGAACAGAAACUUCCCCGACCUGACCUCCAUCGCCUACAGCCGCCGCAGACAGAGGCGUUACCGCACCGACCACAUCCCCAUCCCAGACUCUUACUGGUUUGGUAAGGUUGCCCCAGAGACCUACGCCGUCAUGAAGUGGAUCCGCUCCAUCCCCUUCGUGCUCUCCGCUAAUUUCCACGGUGGAGACCUGGUGGUGUCCUACCCCUACGACCUGUCCAAACACCCGCUGCAGCGCAACAUGUUGUCCCCGACGCCGGACGCCAAGGUAUUCAAGCUUCUUGCAAGAACAUAUGCAAAUGCACAUGAGUCGAUGUCCACUUCAAGUGCCCGCUGUGGAUCGUCUCAUGGUGUCAGUGAGAAAGGAACCGUUAACGGAGCGCAGUGGUCCAGCAUUGCAGGCAGCAUGCAGGACUUCAACUAUCUUCACACCAACUGCUUCGAGGUGACUGUGGAGCUGGGCUGUGAAAAGUUCCCCGCUGAAGACGAGUUGUUUAACGGCUGGCAUGAAAACUUUGAGGCUUUACUCACAUUUAUGGAAGCAGCCCACCGAGGUAUCAAAGGCAUCGUAAAAGACGAGGAUGGAAAUGCAGUCAAAGGUGCACAAAUAUCAGUCAGAGGAAUACGCCAUGACGUCACCACAGCUGAGAACGGAGACUACUGGCGCCUCCUCACCCCCGGGGUCCACAUCGUCACGGCCUCGGCCCCCGGCUACGCCAAAGCUAUAAAGAAAGUCCACCUGCCCGGUCACAUGCACACAGCAGGCCGGGUGGACUUCCUGUUGAAGAAAGCUGAGCUAGAGCCUGACAAUCAAAAGGAGGAGGACUCCAUCCCUCCCAUGGGCAGCUACGACCGCUUCGACCCUUACAACCAGUACGAGCGCUACACCCUGAUGGCCGAUGUGACCCAAAACCGCCCGGAGAGUGCAAAGAAGCCCUGGUGGUGGAGCUACUUCAUCCUGCCGGAGGGCCCAGAACCAACAUGGCUGCUCAAACACCAUUAGACAGUUCAUGUACCUCCUUCCACUGUAUACACACAAACACAGCUAUCCUGUAAUGGAUGUGCUGCCUCUGAUUGAUGUCACACUGCAGAUAAGUGUCAAAGCUAGGUGGCUGGUCUUCAUGUUAGCAUUCACACUUUACAUAUGCUGUUAAUCACCACCAUGAAAUAUAAUUGUAAUAAAAUCUUUCCAGACAAAAUGAA